UUUACUCGUAUUCGUCCCAUUGAACGGAGAAAGUUCCAGAAGACCGACCUCAUGUCACUACUUGAUACUACCGGAGAUGGUUUGACGGAGGAGCUGACUGGUGGCGCCGCGGCGUCUGACGGACCAAUUCUACCUCCGCCAAUGGAGAUGCAACUGGAGGAAGGAUUCACUCUGAGAGAAUGGCGCCGGAAAAAUGCAAUUAGGCUUGAGGAGAAAGAGAUACAGGAGAAAGAAUCCAUGAAAGAAAUAAUUGCAGCUGCUGAUAAAUAUAAAGCUGAGUUUCAUAGAAAUUGGAAAGCUAGAUGCAACAACAAUACCACUAUCAAUAGGGAAAAAGAGAAGUUGUAUCUGGAAAGCCGAGAAAAGUUCCAUGCAGAAGCUGGUAAGAAUUAUUUCAAAGCAAUUGCCGAAAUGAUCCCAAAGGAAGUCCCAAAAUUAGAGAAACGAGGGAAAAAAGCAAACGAGAAACCGACAUCGGUUGUGGUGAUUCAGGGUCCAAAGCCUGGUAAGCCUACUGACUUAUCUAGAAUGCGCCAAAUUCUCGUUACCCUCAAAUACAACCCACCUACCCAUAUGAAACUUGAAAAAGACACCAAACAACCCUAA